UCUGAAAGAAAUGCAGACGUGAAAUGAAAAGGAAAUGAGUCUCAUUUGGUCCCUUUCAGAAGACGGACAUGGUUCACGCAUCGGUCUGCCCACAUUCGAGAACCGCUCAAAAAACAACCCCGUCCUGAUCUUGUCGCAGAGUCAGAAUCAUCAACGCUCGCUGCUCGACCUAGGAGGUUGGUGCUGUUCGGGUCGAGGGGACAGGUUUUUAGUCUGCUGACCUCAUUUCCAAAAUGGGGAAAAGGGGACGAGAGGACGCCUUGACAUCCAGGGUCGCCUUCUUGCCUUUGAUCAUUCUCAGCGCUUUAUCCUCCGUCACUGUGGCCGAGUUCCAAGCUGGGCCUCAAAUCGUCAACACUUUUUUUGACCCAAAAUUCCACGACGACGGGAGCGGGGGGGAUUCGCAGGCAGUCGAGUCUCAAUUCGCCUCUCCGGGUGUCAUCACAGCAAGCCAAGAAGCCUACUCCUUCACGACCACUGCUCAAAACAAUCCAGAGGACGCGUACUUCUCUAGUUCGAAGCCUGCUGAACCAGAUUCGACCGCCCCUCCGCCCGUCCACUUCGAGACGGGCAGUUUCCAAGAGUUCCACCAAGUCAGCCCCAUCAACAAUGUUCGGCAUUACGGAGCAGGGCGUGAAAUUUCAAGCAGCAACAAUGUCGCACCGGAAAUAAAAGAUGAGCACAUUUCAGAACCCGUCGCAUCUUUCAGAAACCGACCGCAGUAUGACCACCACCCUCAUCACGGUGGUCUUGAGGUCGUCACGACGUAUCAGCAUCACAAGUCACCUCCCAAUUCCGUUUCGUCAUUGGGCGAGAGUGGUGGAAGUUCUGCGCCGGAAGUCAUUUACGCGCCAGACGGGUGGAUCCCGAACACGGAAACCUUCCCUGAUUCUGACACCACGUAUGCUAAGCCCAUUUCGUCCAGCUCGGCGGUGAAGUGGCCGGAGGAAGUAGGCUCUUAUGGCGACAAUGGCGGGGACAUCACUCCACAAUUGUACGACUACGUGGAGCCUGCUUUGCGUGUGCCCACAACCACCACACCCAGACCCGUCUCGUCCCAAUUCCACUACGCCACGCCGGUCGUGCCCACGACGCCCCAUCUCCACCACUCAUCCAACCCCUUGCUGGGAGGAUACCAGUUUCGAGUCGCACACUCCUCCAUGCUCGCCUCCAUUGGAAACUACGUGUCCUCCUCCGUCUCGUCCCUCUUCAAGAGUCUUCCCAGACUCCAACUGAUUCCUCCUGGUGGUCACACCCUUUCUCAGCUCGUUCAGCAGCAGCAGCAGCAGCCGUCACCCCCACAAUCCACUCAGGUAGUGGAUUACACCUCUCUGGAUGGUAGUGCUGGUAGUGGGUACGGCGCUGUGCCCCCCGAGCCCCACAAUGUUGUGCACCAGUCGUACUACCACCACAACCCUGCGCCUCCUUCUGGGACGAGUGGAAACCCAGAAGCAGUGAGUUCUGGUGGAGGCCGCCUGGUCUCAUUUCCCGGUCAAGGGUACGGAUACGCUCCACAGGCACCCAGCUACAAAUUUAUUCCCACGCUCGGCUACUCCCACGGCCCGCCAGCCACGCAGUCCCCCUCCUUUGAGUACGCACCCAGUUAUUAUCCCACCACAACCCACGCCUCCCACCAAACCUCCGCGAGCUAUGGACAAGGACUGCCUCCUGCCUCUGCUCCCUACAUUUCUGGGCCCAAGGUGACCUUUAAGUCGGAGCCAAGACCACAGAGACCACCAGGCCACGUGGUUCCGACUAGGACCAAGUCUGUGCAGUUCCCGGAUAUCCGAGGACGAGUCCCGAGCCUCACCAAGGGCUCCCUCUCCUCCUUGUACUCCUCGGCUGAAGACCUCAUUUGGGACGCCCUCAAUGGCGUUGAAGGGGAGGAUGUUGCGCUCUCCGCCUUGUACGACGACGGAGACCUCGGCAACGACUACUUCGGACUGGGAAAGCCACUCAAGUCAUAUUAUUCCACGCCAGAGGAAUAUUACGCCAUUCUGAACGAUGGUGGAGCUGGAGACCAAGCACACAGCCCGAGACCCGGCAGCUCGAGUCAUUCAUCGCUUCCCGUUUCUGUGAAUUACGCCUCCGGAAGUCCAGACUACGUUUCUUAUGGCAUUUCAUCGCACCCUUCAUCCCUCAAGUACCCUCUCAAGUCGUACGGCUCCAUCAAGGCGCCUGGAUCCACCUCGGACGACUUCCUCCGUGACGUUCAGAACUCGUACGGAACUCCAAAGGACCUAAGGAAGCCAUCAACGGUGGGAUACUACCGCACGGCGGGCGGCUCCUGGGCACGAAUCCCGUACGUUCGGGGAUCAUCCGGCUACAAAUACAAGUACAUCACGACCCAGCAAAUGCCCAUCAUGGAGAGGGACCCACUCCUCCUGGACCUGGUCGAGGACGAGGCCGACUUCUACGACGGACUCAACGAAGGACGACUGCGUGACCCCAACUGCGAAAACAAACGCCACUGUGACGAAGGCGACUUGAGCACCAAUGAGUAUCGCGACAUCGCGGAAAACGUCCAGCUCACACGCCGACCGAAAUCCUCCUUCACCAACGCAAUGUUUAAGAAGCUGAUGAGGAACGCGGUGAGACAAGAAGGGCGACGGGGUCAGGGGCAGAGGAGGCCCAGGAGGGGAAAAGGUAAAAGGAGACGCUGUGGCACUCGUCCCAAAAGAUGUCGAAAAUACUAACCGCUCAAUUCAACCAUCGUACGCGACGUGUGUACAUUGAUUGGGUCGGGGGGACAGAAAAGAUGGCAAUUUAGGUAGGCAUACAUAAGGCAUGUGAAAUGGGGUAGAUGCAGGUUUGAAAGAGAAAUUGAUUGGUUACAAUAAUUGCUCUAUCCACGCGCUUUAUAUAACACUGCAUAUUUAAUGCAAGAUCAUCCAUCCAUACGCUGCAAGUGAGGAACUGUAAACCAGUCUUACUCUGCCCAAAGCAUAACUAUAUUAUACUCGUAUUUAUUCUACUUACACAUAGACCAACAAACUGGUUGUGCAUAACCUGAGUCGUCUCAUUUUGCUAUUUUUAUAAAAAAUGUGAACGCAUUAUUUGUGAACAAAUUCGAUAAGGUGCUCAAAUCUAAUCCGCUUUUUGUGCAUUUUGAGGAAUUUGAGACGGACAUUGACUAUUAUGUAUUUAUUUAUCGUGAGGAGCUUAAGUUACAAAUAGGGUGUUGAGAUGGACAUAAUUUCACCCAAUAUUCAUGAUCUUUUGAAAUUUAAUUCGUACAUAGACAUUUUGUAACGACUCCUUAUUUCAUACGUCCGACAAUCCACCAUAACAGUCUAAUUGAACGUCAUUUACAAAAUAUGUGCUACAAAAUAUUAAAGUCCCCAUUUUCGCCACACUUCGCGUAUAUACGCUUAUCUACAUAUAUUGUAAGUUGUAUUAAAUUAAUGCUACCGUAAAUUGUAAUAAUGCUCGUUAAGAUUGGUUGGGAUAAUUAACAAGUGGUAAAAACAAUGGUCAAGUAUUUACAUAGGGCAGCAAUUAUUUAAAUCCAUCCAUCUAUUUGCCUUGCUACAAGAUGCAUUGGCAAUGGGCGAGUACGUAAGUUUUUGGAAAUUGCUACCCUGAAGUCAAAACUUGUUUGACCAUAGUUGGCAAUGACAGUGUCCACAAUGAAGUUGAUGUGCAAAUAAUAAAUUAUAAAACCCAAAAUCAA